AUGCAGCAACUGUUCCAUGAGAAUUAUGAACAUAAUCGGAAGGGUUAUAUCCAAGACCUUCACAAUAGCAAAAUCCAUGCAGCCAUAACACUUCACCCCAACAAAAGGCCUGCCUACCAAUACAGGCUUCAUAAUUAUAUGCUCAGCCGCAAGAUUUCUGAACUCCGCUACCGCACCAUCCAGCUCCACCGGGAGAGUGCUUUGAUGAGCAAGCUCAGUAACAGUGAGGUGAGUAAAGAGGACCAGCAGCUGGGAGUGAUGCCUUCUUUCAACCACUUCCAGCCCCGGGAGAGAGAUGAAGUGAUAGAAUGGGAGUUCCUGACGGGCAAACUCCUUUACUCAGCAUCUGAGAACCAGCCUCCUCGACAGAACAUCAACAGCAUCCUAAGAACAGCCCUGGAUGACACGGUCCUGCAGGUGAUGGAGAUGAUCAAUGAAAAUGCCAAGAGUAGGGGACGGCUCAUUGACUUCAAGGAAAUUCAAUAUGGCUACCGCAGGGUUGAUCCCAUGCAUGGGGUAGAGUACAUAUUGGAUUUACUCCUCUUAUAUAAAAGACACAAGGGGAGGAAACUAACUGUGCCUGUGAGACGUCAUGCUUAUCUUCAGCAGUUGUUCAGCAGGCCUUUCUUCAGAGAAACCGAAGAGCUAGAUGUCAACAGUCUUGUGGAGAGUAUUAACAGUGACACUCAGUCAUUCUCCUUUAUAUCUAAUUCUUUAAAGAUACUAUCUUCUUUUCAAGGUCCCAAAGAAAUGGGAGGGCACAAUGAAAAGAAAAUACACAUUCUUGUUCCUCUCAUUGGAAGGUAUGACAUUUUCUUAAGGUUCAUGGACAACUUUGAAAAAACUUGUCUUAUUCCAAAGCAGAAUGUAAAGCUGGUCAUCACCCUUUUCAGUAGGGAUUCUGGCCAAGAUUCCAACAAGCAUAUCGAGCUGAUAAAAGAAUAUCAGAACAACUACCCUAAAGCAGAACUUACCUUGAUCCCCAUGAAGGGAGAGUUUUCCAGAGGUCUCGGUCUUGAAAUGGCUUCUUCCCAGUUUGACAAUGAUACUUUGCUGCUAUUUUGUGAUGUUGACUUGAUCUUCAGAGGAGACUUUCUCCAACGGUGUAGAGAUAAUACAAUUCAGGGACAACAGGUAUACUACCCUAUCAUCUUUAGCCAGUAUGACCCAAAGGUAACCAAUGGAGGAAAUCCUCCCACUGAUGAUGACUUUGUCUUCUCAAAGAAGACUGGAUUUUGGAGAGACUAUGGAUAUGGAAUUACCUGUAUUUAUAAAAGUGAUCUUCUGGGUGCAGGUGGAUUUGAUACCUCAAUACAAGGCUGGGGACUGGAAGAUGUCGAUCUCUACAAUAAAGUCAUUCUAUCUGGCUUAAGGCCUUUCAGAAGCCAAGAAGUGGGAGUGGUGCAUAUUUUCCAUCCAGUUCAUUGUGACCCUAACUUGGAUCCUAAGCAGUAUAAGAUGUGCUUAGGAUCUAAGGCAAGUACUUUUGCGUCCACCAUGCAACUGGCUGAACUCUGGUUGGAAAAACAUUUGGGUGUCAGGUACAAUCGAACUCUCUCCUGACAGUCCAGGCAACACAUAUUGCCUUUUUCAAGGGGAGUUUACCUCAUUGUUGGUUGUUGUUAUUUUUAUUUUAUUAUUGUUAUUUUUAUUAUUAUAAUUAUUAUUGUUAUAAUUUUAUUUUGUUAUCCUGGUCUUAAACUACUCUUGGUUGUCUUCCAAAGGGUGUUUGUUGACCUCAAGCAAGAAAAGUCUGCAGUUCACUGAUAUUUCAGAUUUCUACUGAAAUCAAUUCUCUAUUACUUUUAUAUAUCUUUAUUUGAGAUUGAGUUAAAUUGUGGCAAUCAAAUGACUUUUGAAGCUCAUUCCACAUGAGAGACAGCUUAGAAGAAUGUUCUCUUGGGGCUUAAAGAUGCAAUAUCGACUUUUAUUUUGUUUGUUAAAUUCAAUGUGAUACAAAUAUUUACUGGUGAAAGGUACCACAAAAGUGCUUUAUGCUUCCUAUGGGGAAGGGACUCUGUAACAUAAACUUGAGUUUUGUAAUUUAUACAAGGACUUAAAUAUAUAGACAAUAAUUUUCUUCAUCUUUAGAAUUUUUAAAGUAAAUGAACACUUAUGAUUGUAUGUUUAUUUUUAAAAAAAAAAGUUUUAAAAAUUGAGGAGUUUUGUUCCACAAGCAACCGGUACUGGCUACCCUGGUCUUCUGACAAUUAUGUACUCCUCACAACUGUCUGCUAUAAAUGCGAAUGAACUUUAUUUUCUCAAGGAAAUAUGAUUUAAUUAAAUAUUCAUGUACAUUUUAGAAGCUUUAUGAAACGAUGUCCUUCAUUUGCUGGCAAGAAGAUAAAAUAUGACAGAACCUGGUUAUUUAUAAUAAAACACAGGUAUAACAGUAAUCUUUUCCAAAAACUCUGAAGAGGUUGUGCUGUUUCCUUUCAGUCAUACCUGAUGUAUUUCUUAGCAGUCAUACUCACCAAAUGUGCUUGCUACAUAGACUGGAAAAGUUAAUAAGGGAUUAUGGGCAUACUGUUUGUAUUAUUAUGCUUUAAAUCCUGGCCUUUCACAACUGA